AUGUCAUUGUGGUGGUGGGUGUUUGAGGAUGGUGGUGGUGCCAUGUCGCUGGCAGUGGUCGUUACCAUUCGUUGGUGGUGUGUCAUGGCCGUUGUUGGGUCAUGUUGCAUCAUUGUGGUUGUCGCCGUUGUCAAUGUGGUUGGUGGGAGGGAAUGGAGGUGGGGAAGAGGAUGGUUGGUACCACUCAGGAAUAUUGAGGAUUUUGAAGAACCGAACCCCUGGACCAGCAAGAAACCUUUAGCAUGGGACAUGGACUACAUCAAAGUGGGAUACUUACUAGUACCGGACAGGAGAGCUCAAGCCCAUCUGCGUUAUUGGUCUGCAUGUUUGAGAGACACAUCCAUGAUGACCAAGAUCCUAUUCAAGGCUAUCAUGCAGGGGAUUGCCUUUACCAUCAGCAUCAAAGUCAAGGACUUUGGGAAGUUCAAGCCAGAGGAAGUCUCAGAUAUGGAUUGGGUAGUGGGGAAACCUACUUGUAUCAUGGAGUCACCAUUUGUAUACACUGCUCCAGGUGCUCUAAGGGCCUACUAUAUGAGUCAAGUCAACAACAUCAUUUGGCAGCUGCACACCAGGAUCCUCAUCGGUUUAGGCAGUCCAGAAGCAUGGCUUGGUCGCAAGUGGGGUGGUUUGGAACUUGUCGCCCAAUUUAUGGAGGGACCCUCACCAGACGUUUACUUACACCGACAUGGCUAUAUCAAUUUGGACAAUGAACACCCCAUGUUCCUUUACAUGGAUGAAAUGAGCUCUCAUGAAAUCGACGUUCUAUUCGGCUGCAUUCACAGUGACAGCAACAAGGACCCUUCCUUGUAUCCUUCAAGAGACAUUUUAGAUGAAGGCUGCUUCUUCUGGACAGGAGAAUGGGACUCACACAUGGAAGACAUGUUCAACAACCUUACGAAAGACAUCCUCCAAGGUCUAUUGGGGCAGAGCCCCAUGUCAGACUUUACAACUUGUAGACUACCUAAGGCCCCUAAUGCCUUAUUCCUGACCCCUGUGACUGUCCCCUGCACUGGUGAAGGCAUGCCCAUGGCGACCAAUCCCCCACACAGCCUGGCAUGGAAACGCCGUUUGGGAACCUGUCUCUAUGCACAUUUCUUCUUCCAAGUACCCGAUCACAAUGCAAUAGGUACAGCUUAA